UUAUCCACCGGAAGGGGAACGAUUUACUCUAGAUGUGACAGUGAGACAAGACACUGGAUACAGUGGAUGUUGUCAUUUUCUCGUGGCAGGCAAACUCAUUUUCCUUGAACAAACACAACUACGGCUAACAAAUAUUUACAGUGAAGAAGUAUAAACAAAAAUUACUUGUUGAAGUGACUUCGAAAUAUGUUGAGAAAGGUUUUUAACGUGGGAAAUGCAGUAUCAGCUGUACAAUUGAUUGCAAUGAUUUCUGUAACAUUCGUCGAAGCUAGGAACUGGAAUAUCGCCGUAAGUGAAGUAAAGCCAGGAUAUUCAAUAGUGAAUGGAAAUUACAGAAUUCCAAUAAUAGAAAACUCACAAGCAAGUGUGGAGGGCAAUGUGCACGCAUCAGGAGCUAUUGGAGGAGACAAUAGUGGACAUAUGUCCUUGGGAAGCACCCUCUCUGGCAGACACCGGCCGAGCGGAAUAGCUGGAACGAUUAACGCCAACCCUUCUUUCAGUGGUUCUGGAACUACGGUCUCGGGGAGAGCCAACUUCCCAAUCGCACAGGCACCUGACGGAUAUAUCAGUGGAAAUGUACAUGGAUCUCGAGUUUUUGGUAGACAUAUGUCCAGAAUGAGUGGUAGUUAUGGAGCAGGACUCACAUACGGACUGCAUAAAGGAAUUUAUGGAGGAGUAGAUGUUACGAACAGUGGGAUGGGCAACACCUACAGCGCUAAUAUCGGAGCAGGACGCAAACUAGGAGCCGGAAUUUUCAGUCUAACCGGAGCAGUUCAGAAAAGACCUCAUAGUGAUGAUCUCGAUGGACAAAUAUGGAUCCAGUUUCAAUUUCCCUUUUCUUUUUAGGAUAGCUAAAACGGUAGAACUACACAGGUACAUGUUUCAAUAUCAUCUAUGGGAAUGAUGAACACAAUACUGUCAUAGAAAUUACGAUAUGACCUGGUCCUGAAAAUUCUAAAAGCAAAAAGAGGGAAGGCGACAACCGAUUCAAGGUUAACGACUAGUGGACUUUAUACUCUAGCUUAAGCCAAAGGGUCACCAUUAUUUGUCUCCCUAUGUACAAUAAGCAUAAAUCUCAUCUGAAACAUA